AUGGAAAAUGCAUGCUUGUUCCUCAACUUGGCUAACGAUCCUACGUAAGUAUUUUUAUUGUUUUUCUUCUACUUCUUUAGAUUAUCUGUAAGAUUCAAUGUCUCGGAUGUCAGACGUUCACUCUUCGCAUUAUACUGAAAAUUUUAUUAUUUUUUCCAUUUCAGUAUUGAGCGUAUUAUCACUCCUCGUUUGGCCCUCACCGCCGCCGAAUUUUUGGCCUAUCAGUGCCAGAAGCACGUCCUGGUCGUGUUGACCGACAUGUCCUCGUACGCCGAAGCUCUUCGUGAGGUGACCGCCGCUCGUGAAGAAGUUCCCGGUCGUCGUGGUUUCCCGGGUUACAUGUACACUGAUUUGGCUACCAUUUACGAGCGUGCCGGUCGUGUUGAGGGAAGAAAGGGAUCCAUCACUCAGUUUCCUAUCUUGACUAUGCCCAACGAUGGUGAGUUUUGAGGGUUUUUAUGAUCUUGUAGAAGGUUAGGUGAUGGGAAAACGAUUUUUUGGAGGGAUUUUGGAUUAUAGAUGAUACUAAUAGGGGUUUCAUAUAGUAUUUGGUGAUUUUACGGGGUUCUCUACCAGAGAUUGCCAACGGCUCCGAGCCGGCUCUUGGCUCCGGCUCCGAGCCGGGAGCCAGAGCCGGAGCCGGGAAUUUUGGGUGCGGCUCCGGAGCUCAAAGUCGGAGCCAGGCUUCUCAGCGUUCAGAAAAAUAAAAAUUCCGUGAUCUUGUUAAACCAAAUUGCUUGAAAAAUAGUGGGAAGGAUGUGUUGCAUACAACUCGGCUUCAAAAACGUUGGGUGUAUGAGGAGCUGCAAAUUUGGCCUCGGCUCCGGCUCUGGGGCUAAGAGCCGGAGCCGAAAUUUUGACCGUGGCAAUCUCUGUUCUCUACACAUUGUUGAUAGCUAAUUUAUUUAUUUUUCAGAUAAUACCCAUCCAAUUCCCGACUUCCCCGGCUACAUUACCGAGGGACAGGUCUACGUCGACCGUCAGCUCUGCAACAGACCUACCCACCAAUCAACGUACUUCCCUCCCUUUCUCGUCUCAUGAAGUCCGCCAUUGGAGAGGGAAUGACCACGCGAAGACUUCAUUCGGACGUCUCCAACCAGCUGUACGCUUGUUAUGCCAUCGGAAAAGACGUCCAAGCCAUGAGAAGGCCGUCGUCGGCGAGGAGGCCCUGUCAUCCGACGAUCUUCUCUACCUCGAGUUCUUGACCAAAUUCGAGAAGAACUUCAUCGCCCAAGGCAAUUACGAGAACCGAACAGUGUUUGAAUCGCUGGACAUUGGCUGGCAACUGCUCCGUAACCAAAUUCACCUGUAA